UCAUUCUGGGAUAAUGCUUUAUCUGUCAGUGUAUUUUUGCACCCGUAAAAUUCUUAUCUUAAUAUCGAUCGACCAAUCAGCGAUCGAUAAAUCGGGGCGCAGUUUGCUUUCCAUCUGUCCGCAAUUUUCCUCGACAAGCUGAAUGUCGAUGUUCACAUAUUUAAAUGAGUGGCCUUUGCUAUCAUCGAAAAAACGUAACUGAAAAUGGUAAAACGGUGUCAAUGGGGUUUGUGUAACUCGGACAGUCGGUACCCAGCAAGAUUAGUUGGAGGAAUAGAAUUUAUACCAUUUCCAAAGCCGAAACGUGAUUACGAUAAGUGUAAGAGAUGGAUAAAGGCCUGUGGUCGCCCCCACGAACAACUUAAUGUCAAUACUGUCAACGACAAUUACAAUAUGUUCGUCUGCUCAAAGCAUUUCAAAGAAGGAAAACCAACAGCACAGUUUCCUGACCCAUUGCCUGCCGUCACAUUGGGUCACAGGCUCACAAAAGUCAAACAGCCAUUAAAGAAGAUAUCGGUAACUAACCCAGCACCAAGAAAGAAACUACGAAAUCUUGAAAAUGACACAAUUUUAAGUGAAAAGAAUGAAAAUGCAGAGCAUGCACAACAUUCUCAUCAUGCUGGGAUUCACAACAAUGAUAAAAAAGACAAGCCCGCCACAUUGUAUGAUCAGCUAAAUCAGGACUGGGCCCCUACAGUGAAUAUGGGGCGAGUAAUUACGCUUCAAUCCGCGUUUCCAACAAAAUCCAGCCAUCCCUGUAGAGAAACAGUGAGUGCUGAGAAGUCAGAUCUGAGAUGGUAUUUCAAGCGCACCAUGAACAAUCUUUGCCAAAAACUGUUGAAACUUGGUGAGCAGUGUAUCGUUGUCACGGUGAAUCCUGGGAAUGGCUUUGUUGGGCACAUGGGUACACAGUUGGGCAGGGAAUUCAUCGAGGAAAACUCUCACAUCCUCUACGACUUCCUGGAUUACUGCAAGGAGGCACUGGCGGACAGGGAACCCUCUGUAGACAGCUCCGAUUCAGAGACAGACUCAGACAUAGAAUUUCAUAACACUUUUGAGGCGGUGGGAACCAUGGAAACCAGUCAAUCUCCCUUUCAUGACUCCUGUGCGGACAUUUUACAGGAACCAGACAAAGACCAGCUGCCAAUUAAACUGUACAUCUCUGCUCAGUCAGGGCAGGUGGGCCCAAUAUUACAGCAAAAGGUUGUUGGAAAGUCUAAGCCAACAAAUCUUGAUGGAACGUGUAGUGUUGAAAAAGUAGGUAGAAAACCAGUGUAUGAGAUAGAUAAUGGUGUUGUCAAAGAUGUUACAGAACAAUUAGAUUAUACAUGUUCGAGCAAAACAAGUACUUUUGAAGAGACAAGUACUUCUAAAGAGUGCAUUGAAAACCUUAUGAAACUGGAAGAGGACAGUAGAACUUGUAUAUCUACUAAGGUCUUUAAGAGAAAAACAGAUAAUUAUUUGUGUAACGUUGAUUUAUUUAGUGAAAGAACUCAGACAUCUGACAUUACACCCAGUGUAGAGAUAAAGACAGAAGCAGAUGAGAAGGUUAUCAUACAAAAUGGAAGAAAAAAGUCCCAGCAAGCAUUAAGACAAUUUUUUAAGAGAACAGAAAUGAAUUCAAAAAGAAAGAGAAAAUUUGAUAAUGAAGAUUUAACAGAGACUGAUGAAGUUGGUGAUGACAAUGAAGAAGCGGAAGAAAUACAAAGUGGAAUGGAUGAUAAUGAUAUGGAUUACAAACCUGAUUGGGACAACAAUACUUCAGCACUACCAGUUUGCGACGCCCCUAUACAGACUCGGUCAAGAAAAUCGUGCUGAUAAAAAUAUUGCGCCAGUAUUUUAUGAGCUCAGAAGCUCCAAAUGAAACUACAUACAUAUUCAAAUUAUUAUUUUUUUUAAAUAAUGACUUCUUAACACUAAAUGUUAAGAUAAGAGAAAUUUAAAUAACAUUAACUGGUUUUCAAAUAUUUUAAGCGAGAACACAAUUGGCCAAAGUCGAAAGGAAUAUGUGAAUAAAAAAGGAGCUUUAAUUUCAUUUGAACUUUGCUGACAGUGAGUUAAAAUCUGUAUUGUUUACAGUAAGCUUGGCAUUGUUGUUUUGAAGACAAACUCAUUUACAUAUGAACUGUUCUCUGGGCAAACAGGGAUACUCAUUUACAUAUGAACUGUUCUCUGGGCAAACAGGGAUACUCAUUUGCAUAUGAACUGUUCUCUGGGCAAACAGGGAUACUCAUUUACAUAUGAACUGUUCUCUGGGCAAACAGGGAUACUCAUUUACAUAUGAACUGUUCUCUGGGCAAACAGGGAUACUCAUUAACAUAUGAACUGUUCUCUGGGCAAACAGGGAUACUCAUUUACAUAUGAACUGUUCUCUGGGCAAACAGGGAUACUCAUUUACAUAUGAACUGUUCUCUGGGCAAACAGGGAUACUCAUUUACAUAUGAACUGUUCUCUGGGCAAACAGGGUUUGAUGCAUUUGCCUAAAGUGUUGUCAUAGAUCAGCCUGUGUAGUCCUCACAGGCAAACAAGUGAUGACAUUUUCUGUUGAAACUAUUUUAAAGCUAAAAAUGUAACUUUCUUUAAACGGAAAAAGUCAUAAAAUGGUAAAGUGACAUCCCUGAUUAGGAGAACCUCAUCCUGUUUAAACUGAGAUGUGACUGAAACCAGCAUAGCUCUAUCAAAUCCUUGCCGUUAUAACCAACCACGCGAUGACAGUUUUACCAUGUGGUAUAAUGAUUUUCCGGUUCUAACUUUUACCUUUUUAUGCCCCCCACCACUAUAGUGGGGGACAUAUUGUUUUUGCCCUGUCUGUUGGUUUGUUGCUUUGUUUGCUCCAUUUUAACAAUUUGCCAUAACUUUUGCAAUAUUGAAUAAAGCAACUUCAUAUUUGGCAUGCAUGUGUAUCUCAUGGAGCUGCACAUUUUGAGUGGUGAAAGGUCAAGGUCAUCCUUCAAGGUCAAAGGUCAAAUAUAUGGGUUAACAUCGCUCAUUUUAUGCACAAUUUUGCAAUAUUGAAGAUAGCAACUUGAUAUUUGGCAUGCAUGUGUAACUCAUGGAGCUGCAAAUUUUGAGUGGUGAAAGGGCAAGGUCAUCCUUCAAGGUCAAAGAUCAAAUAUAUUGGGACAGUUUUUCACAAACACAUCUUGGGACAGUUUUUCACAAACACAUCUUGUUUAAUUUAGGUAUUUUGUUAUGCCCCCGGUAGGGUGGCAUAUAGCAUUUGAACUGUCCGUCCGUCCGUCCGAAAACUUUAACAUAUGCCAUAACUUUUGCAAUAUUGAAGAUAGCAACUUGAUAUUUGGCAUGCAUGUGUAUUUCAUGGAGCUGCACAUUUUGAGUGGUGAAAGGUCAAGGUCAUUCUUCAAGGUCAAACAAACAAAUGAAAGGGAAGUAACAAGCUUUAAAGGGAGAUAAAUCAGAUAAUUUCUUUUUAUCAUUUGGCAGGUACAGAUCAUUUUUACAAGGGAAGUAAUAUUUUUAGCUCACCUGAGCACAACGUGCUCAUGGUGAGCUUUUGUGGUUGCCUUUUGUCCGACGACUGUCGUGCGGCGUCAACAUUGUCCAAUCUUCAUGAAAUUUGGUCAGAAGAUUGGUCUCAAUGAUAUCUUGGAUGAGUUUGAAAAUGGUUAUGUUUGCUUGAAAAACAUGGCUGCCAAGGGGCGGGGCAUUUUUCCUUAUAUGGCCAUAGUAAAAUCUUGUUAACACUCUUGAGGCCACAUUUAUUGUCUGAUCUUCAUGAAACUAGGUCAGAAGAUUUAUCCCAGUAAUAUCUUGGACGAGAUUAAAAGUGAUGCUGGUUGGUUGAAAAAACAUGGCCGCCAGGGAGCAGGGCAUUUAUAUGGCUGUAGUAAAACCUUGUUAACACUCUAGAGGCCACAUUUAUUUUCCGAUCUUCAUGAAACUUGGUCAGAAGAUUUUUCCCAAUGAUAUCUUGGAUGAGUUUGUAAAUGGUUUUGGUUGCUUAAAAACAUGGCCACCAGGGGGCGGGGCAUUUUUCCUUAUAUGGCUAUAGUAAAAUCUUGUUAACACUCUAGAGGUUACAUUUAUUGUCCGAUCAUCAUGAAACUUGGUCAGAAGAUUCAUCCCAAUAAUAUCUUGGACGAGUUCAAAAAUGAUGCUGGUUGGUUGAAAAACAUUGCUGCCAGGGGGCAGGGCAUUUUUCCUUAUAUGGCUAUAGUAAAACCUUCUUUACACUAUAGAGGCCACAUUUAUUGUCUAAUCUUCAUGAAAUUUGGUCAGAAGAUUGGUCUCAAUGAUAUCUUGGUUGAGUUCGAAAAUGGUUACGUUUGCUUGAAAAACAUGGCUGCCAAGUGGCGGGGCAUUUUUCCUUAGAUGGCUAUAUAUGGCUAUAGUAGUCUUGUUAACACUCUAGAGGCCACAUUUAUUGUCCGAUCUUCAUGAAACUUGAUCAGAAGAUUUAUCCCAAUAAUAUCUUGGACGAGUUUAAAAAUGAUGCUGGUUGGUUGAAAAACAUGGCCGCCAGGGGGCGGGGCAUUUUUCCUUAUAUGGCUAUAGUAAAACCUUGUUAACACUCUAGAGGCCACAUUUAUAUUCCGAUCUUUAUGAAACUUGGUCAGAAGAUUUGUCCCAACGAUAUCUUGGAUGAGUUCGAAAAUGGUUUCGGUUGCUUUAAAAACAUGGCCACCAGGGGCGGGGCAUUUUUCCCAAUAUGGAUAUAUAUUGCUUUAGUUAAACCAUAUUAACUCUAGAGGCCAUAUUUAUUUUUCGGUCAUCAUGAAACUUGGCCAGACAAUUUGUCCUAAUGAUAUCAUGGAUGAGUUCGAAAAUGGUUCCGUUUGGUAGAAAAACAUGGCCGCCAAGGGGUCGUGGCAUUUUUCCUUUAUAGCUAUAGUAAAACCUUGUAAAAACUCUAGAAGCCACAUUUAUUGUCCGAUCAUCAUUAAACUUGGUCAGACAAUUUGUCCCAAUGAUAUCUCUGACAAGUUCGAAAAUGGUUCCAGUUGCUUGAAAAACAUGGCCACCAAGGGGCGGGGCAUUUGUCUUUAUAUGGCUUCAUGAAUCUUCAUGAAACUUUGUCAGUAUAUUUGUUUAAAUGAUAUCUUGGAUGUGUAUGAAAAUGGUUCUGGUCUUUUGAAAAACGUGGCUGCCAGGGUAUUCACUAGUCAUGAAAGUUGGUUAGAACAUUCGUUCUAAUGACAUCUUGGGCUGCACAGAACAGAUCAGUUCCUUUGAAUCUCAGGUGCACGACAUAUAUGGAAGGAUUUUCUUGUGAUGGCAGAGAUAGUAUGUUAGUACCUUGAACUUAAACUCUUCGUGAAGACAUGGAAACUUUUUUUCCAUCUUUUUUUGAACUUGAAUGAUUUGCAACAUAUUGGUGGAAACGUUUGUAGUUUGUGGUAUUACUGUUUAUUUGGUAAAUAUUAUAUUGAA